GGCUGCCUGCUGGGCCCGCCCCCUCCGGGAGCUGCCACUUGGGGCGCCUGGCCGGGAAGGGCCUGGCCAGCUGUGUCCGGCGGAGGCAGCUGCUGACCCAGCUGCGGACUGUGCCAGGGCUGGAAGGAGGGGGAACGGGAGCCCUGGACCCCUCCUAGCGGGGGCGGCAUCAUGGAUCACCUCGGGGCGCCCCUUUGGCCUGGAGUCGGCUCCCUCUGUCUCCUGCUGGCUGGGGUCGCCUGGGCUCCCCCACUCAACUCGUCGGACCCCAAGUUUGAAAGCAAAGCGGCCCUGCUGGCGGCCCGCGGGCCCGAGGAGCUUCUCUGCUUCACGGAGCGGUUGGAGGACUUGGUGUGUUUCUGGGAGGAAGCGGCAAGCGCCGGGGUCGGCCCCGACAACUACAGCUUCUCCUACCAGCUCGAGGGUGAGCCGUGGAAGCCGUGCCGCCUGCACCAGGCGCCCACGGCCCGCGGCGCGGUGCGCUUCUGGUGCUCGCUGCCCACGGCCGACACGUCGAGCUUCGUGCCCCUGGAGCUGCGCGUCACGGCGGCCUCCUCGGGCGCUCCACGCUACCGCCGCGUCAUCCAGGUCAACGAAGUGGUGCUCCUGGACCCCCCCGCGGGGCUGCUGGCGCGGCGGGCCGAAGAGGGCGGCCACGUGGUACUGCGCUGGCUGCCGCCGCCUGGGGCCCCCAUGGCGAGCCUUAUCCGCUACGAGGUGAACAUCUCGGCAGGCAGCGCCGCAGGGGGCGCGCAGAGGGUGGAGAUCCUGGACGGCCGCACCGAGUGCGUGCUGAGCAACCUGCGGGGCCAAACGCGCUACACUUUCAUGGUGCGCGCGCGUAUGGCCGAGCCGAGCUUCGGGGGCUUCUGGAGCGCCUGGUCCGAGCCUGCGUCGCUGCUGACGGCUAGCGACUUCGACCCCCUCAUCCUGACGCUUUCCCUCAUCCUCGUGCUCAUCCUGCUGCUGCUGGCUGUGCUCGCCCUGCUCUCCCACCGCCGGGCUCUGAAGCAGAAGAUCUGGCCUGGCAUCCCAAGUCCCGAGAGCGAGUUUGAGGGCCUCUUCACCACCCACAAGGGUAACUUCCAGCUGUGGCUGUACCAGCAUGACGGCUGUCUGUGGUGGAGCCCCUGCACCCCCUUCCCGGAGGACCCCCCCGCCUCCCUGGAAGUCCUCUCUGAGCGCUGCUGGGGGGUGACACAGGCAGUGGAGCCAGGGGCAGACGACGAGGGGCCUCUGCUGGAGCCGGUGGGCAGUGAGCACGCCCGGGACACCUACUUGGUGCUGGACAAGUGGCUGCUGCCUCGGAGCCCGCCCCGCGAGCACCUCCCACAGCCUGGUGGCGGCUUGGACACAGCAGCCACGGAGGAAGGCUCGGAAGCACCCUCCUGCUGGUCUGCUUUGGCUCUGAAGCCUGGCCCGGAGGGGGCCUCGGCUGCCAGCUUUGAGUACACCAUGCUGGACCCCAGCUCCCAGCUCCUGCGCCCGAGGGCACUGCCUCCUGAGCUGCCCCCGACCCCACCCCACCUCAAGUACCUGUACCUCGUGGUGUCUGACUCUGGCAUCUCAACUGACUACAGCUCAGGGGGCUCCCAGGGAGCCCAGAGGGAUUCCUCCAACGGCCCCUACUCCAACCCUUAUGAGAACAGCCUCGUCCCAGCCGCCGAGCCUUCAGCCCCAAGCUGCGUGGCCUGCUCCUAGGACGCUUGGGGACCCAGCAUGACCUCAAGUGCUAGGCCAGGCCCAAGACUUAUCGGGCAGGGUCGGCGAGGCCUCACUCAGGACUAGGGGCAUUGCUGACGUUGGCUUUCUGCCCCAUCCUUCCUGCUCAGGAAGUCGUGACCUUGCAGUAUUUUAAAAUGUAUAGUUCUUUGUAUAGAUAUAUAUAUGUAAGUUUUUCUAUCAUGACUUCUGCAAAUGGCCUGUAAGCCCCAUCUGUCCCUGGGCCCAGGCCAUAGGGGCAGCAGUAAAAAGCCUUGAGCUCAGUCUGAAAUUCUGGCCCUGGCAAUCUGAAUGAUAAUCCUAAUAAAAUGAAUCAGUCAGUAUA